AUGGUGGGUGAAGAACCAAAACGGAGCACCCCAAAACAAUCGGACAACGGAGAGAGAGAAAACUGUGCAUUAUUCAGCCCUGGGUUCAGAUCGGUGGCAGCCAUGGCUGGUUGGGAUGAAGAAGCACUGUUAAUGGCUUCUCUUGUCGUUGAAGAUACGCCAGAUCGUGAUUCUAAACAGAAGAGGCGCUCAGAUCCGCUUUUCAAAACUCCACCUACUAAUUCAAGAAGAAAACGCAGAGAUCAGAGGAAGAGUCCUGUUUCAAUUCCUGUGGCUGUUCUAGAUCUUGGUGAAGAGGAAGUUUCUAGAGAAGAAAUUUUAGAACAGAAGAAAGAACCGACGAUUGAUGUUGAUGCCAAUGUUAAUCCAAAAAAGGACGAGAAAUCAAAUGAAUCAAGCUCUUCAAUUCCAUGCAUCGAUCGACUUCGAGAAGAACUCUCUUGUGCAAUUUGCUUAGAAAUUUGCUUCGAACCAAGUACCACUUCUUGUGGACACAGUUUCUGUAAGAAAUGUCUGAAAUCAGCUGCUGAUCGAUGCGGCAAGCGAUGUCCAAAGUGCAGGCAGCUUAUCAGCAAUGGAAGAUCUUGCACCAUUAAUACUGUUCUAUGGAACACAAUACAGCUUCUGUUUCCACAAGAAAUAGAGGCAAGAAAGACUGUGGCCGGAGGAGGUUCAAACACCAAAGAAUACGGUGACGUCCAAAGCCCUCCGGCAAGGAGGAGGAACCAAUACCGGAGUGUGAUUGAAGCAUUAAACAGUCCUGAAGGGGAACAGCUAAGUUUGGAAAGGCGGCGAAGGACUAGUAACCAUAAUUUGAGACAACAAAGUUUCCGUCCUGCUUCUGUAGUGUUAUUGAACAGUAGAGAAUCAGGAGAUAAUAGUGUGACGAGGAGGAGGAGGCGGAGGGAGGUGGAGGUGGUGGUGGUGCCACCACCAGCACCACUGAGUCAAGAUGAGGAUGCUGCUUUGGCUUUGAGAUUGCAGCGGCAGGAGUUCAUGGGAGCGUUUAGAGGGUCUGAAGAACAAGCGGAAGUGCAUAGAAGAAGCUCGGUGACACGGGCUGCAGUGAAUUUGAGGGCGAUGGCAUCUCGAGCAAUCGAUAUCCGUAACCUUCGUGGUCGACGAACCUAG